AAACUUCACUCUCACUUCUCAGUGGAGGCUGAAGGAGUUGCUGCCCCGCCGUGCACAGCGCCCAUCGCACAGCCUGGCACCAUGAGCCAGGCUCACCGCCACCUCGCGCUCCUGCUCCUGGCCGAAGCCGUCCUGUGUGCUGCUGCCAUGCGGUUUCAAGAUGUGCUGAGCAAUGGAAGAACUGCUCCUGUCACGAACCACAAGAAGAUACAAGGCUGGUCUAGUGAUCAAAACAAAUGGAAUGAAAAGCUUUAUCCCUUCUGGGAAGACAACGACCCUCGGUGGAAGGACUGCUGGAAAGGAGGAAAGGUGACAACCAAACUGGUGACUGACAGCCCAGCACUGGUGGGAUCCAAUGUGACCUUUGUCGUGACACUCCAGUUUCCCAAAUGCCAGAAAGAAGAUGACGAUGGCAACAUUAUAUACCAGAGAAACUGCACCCCGGAUUCUCCAGCUGCCCAGGAUCAGUAUGUCUACAACUGGACUGAAUGGAUCGACAACUGCGGCUGGGAAAACUGUACAAGCAACCACAGCCAUAAUGUAUUCCCAGAUGGAAAACCUUUCCCUCAUUAUCCUGGCUGGAGGAGAAGGAACUUUGUCUAUCUGUUUCAUACAGUUGGUCAGUACUAUCAAACAAUCGGACGAUCUUCAGCAAAUUUUUCAGUCAACACUGCAAAUAUCACUCUCGGCAAACACAUAAUGGCAGUAUCCAUUUACAGGAGAGGGCACUCAACGUACGUUCCCAUUGCAAGAGCAAGUACCACUUAUGUUGUAACAGACAAAAUUCCAAUACUUGUGAGCAUGUCCCAGAAACAUGAUCGCAACAUCUCAGACUCCAUUUUUAUCAAAGACUCACCAAUCACGUUUGAUGUGAAAAUCCAUGACCCCAGUUACUACCUUAAUGAUUCCGCCAUCUCCUACAAGUGGAACUUUGGAGAUGGAAGUGGCUUAUUUGUAGAAAGCGGCGCUACUACGUCUCACACCUUCUCUCUGCAAGGAAACUUCACCCUGAAUUUAACUGUUCAAGCUAUUAUACCUGUGCCUUGCAAGCCAGUAACACCCACUCCAUCACUGCCCACCCCAGCAGUAACGACUGAUGCAUCUUCUAAUUCAGACCCUUCUGCUCCCAAUGAGAUGGCAGAAGACAAUCCUGAUGGAGGCUGCCAUAUUUACAGAUAUGGAUACUACACAGCUGGUAUCACCAUUGUAGAGGGAAUCCUUGAGGUAAAUAUUAUCCAGAUGACAAGCAUCCAGAUGACAGAAAGCCAAGCUGAAAAUCCACUGGUCGACUUUGUUGUUACCUGCCAAGGGAGUUUCCCUACAGAUGUCUGUACAGCAGUUUCUGACCCCACGUGCCAGGUGUCUCAGGGCAUGGUAUGUGAUCCCGUGGUCGUCACUGAUGAAUGCGUACUCACCAUAAGGAGAGCUUUUGAUGAACCUGGAACGUACUGUAUAAAUAUCACCUUGGGGGAUGACACCAGCCAAGCCCUUGCCAGCGCACUUAUUUCUGUAAAUGGAGGAUCAUCCUCAGGGACAACAAAAGGUGUCUUCAUCUUUCUUGGAUUGCUGGCAGUGUUUGGUGCCAUUGGGGCUUUUGUCCUUUACAAGAGAUACAAACAAUACAAACCUAUUGAGAGAAGUGCGGGACAAGCAGAGAACCAGGAGGGACUGAGUGCCUAUGUCAGCAACUUCAAAGCCUUUUUCUUCCCUAAGAGCACUGAGAGAAAUCCUCUGUUGAAAAGCAAACCAGGCAUCGUUUAAACCUUCAGCUUAACAUUGACUUAGAUUAUAUAUAAGACUUUCUUGUGAUGGUUGUUUGUUGCUGUUAUAAAAACAAAGGAGUAAGGUAAAAACACAUCAAGAUUGGUUGGUAGCUCUGGGGGGCUUGGUGCAAUUAGAAAUACCAAAAUAGUCCUUCUUAGGAAACAAAGGUAGUUUUGAGCACUUGCUGUUCUUGCUUGUGAUCUAGGAUAUGCUUUUCUAAAUAACUAACCCUCAUGCCUUGUGUUUUCUUACUUUUGGGUUAAGUAGUUAUGAGGCCUGUCACCAGCCUGAAGCUGACUUGUUGCCCUGGCUUAGGGCAGGACAGGGCUCCCACCACCACCUCACCAUGAGGCAGGGAGAGACGAGCUCCACCACAGUCACAAGGCACAGGGUCGGGGUAAUGCAGGCUGCCAGUGACACAAACUACAUGCAGAAAGCACCUUGUUUGGAGCACAUUUUAGGAGCUGUGAGACUUCUUAAGCUUUCAUACCCAAACCAGCUUUCAGGCACACUUCAAUAACUAUUUUCUUUAUCUUUCACCCAAGAGUACAGCAUGGCGCACACUAUCCUUUUUUAUAUAUUAUGUCACUUUAGUUUUAUUACUUGAUUUUGCCUUUUCAACUGCAACUUCCAUUUUGUAUACCUUUAGUUUUAUACGACGGGAAUCCAACUGCUGUAUUGACAAAUAAACCAUCCAAUG